AUGGCAGCAACUCUCGUGGAGGCCAUGAGUGAUUUGACCUUGAAGGAGCCUGAGACCAAGGAAUCCAUGAUGGUCGAAUUCAAGGUGGCCGGCUUGAAGAAUUUCCAGUUGGAGUUGGAGAAAGAUGCAAAGGUCCGUGACGUGAAGAAGAUGGCGCACAUGGCGUGCAACAUCGAGCCGGAGCACAUGCGGCUGAUCUACAACAGCCGACAGCUUAAGGAUUGGGACACCUUGGAGUGCUACAAAGGUGACUUGCCCAUCCAAGUCUUCUUCACGGCUGGUCAUAGCGCCUUGCUGGGCGGUGUGGGCGGCACCGGUGGUGGCCCUCGUGGUGGCCACGGCGCGCAGCCGCAGAAGCAUCCCUUCUCCGCGCCGGUGCGAGGCCUGCCGGGCAGCAAGGGCCUACGCUCCUCGCGCGUGUCCGGGCGGCCGGGUGGCAUGGCGCUGAUCCGGAAGUAUGGUAUCAUGAUGAAGCGCGCCGAUGCGGAGGCACCACGGUCACCAGCCGACGACUCCUCGUCCUCGCCGGUAAGCCCAUCUUUGGAGGCAGAACUGGUGGAGUGGCGGCGUAAGGUGCUGUCGCAGCGGGAGAACAUCGCCCAGAGUGAACGUGAGCGCGGGGAGCUGCGAGCAGAGGUUGAAAGGCUCCAGCAAAAGGUCGCAUCGCUAACAAGUGAGCGAGAUCGCCUCAGCCGCGGUGGUGCUGUGCAGGAUGCGGAGGAAAGAAACCAUGACUUGGAGGCAAAGCUGGAGACCUUGAAGCAACAGAGAGCCGAGAUCGAAUCUGGCUUGGCGCAGCAGGAGGCCCAGCUGGCCGAAGCACGCCGCUCCGCGGCCCAAGCGGCCGAGGAAGCGAACGUUGCAGCGAAGGAGCUUCAUGAAGAGGAAGCACGCUUGGAGAAGCAGAGACAAGCGUUGGCAGCUGCCCAGGCCGCUGCAGACGCGGCUCAAAGGCGUUUAGAAAGUAUGGUGUCCGUUGAGGACGUCCAGCGAUGUGAGAAAGAAACCAAAUCGUACCGUGAGGCCUUAGUGUCGGUGGACAAGGAAGCACGACAGCUGCGCUUGGCUCUGGCGGAUGCUUUGUCCAGCGGGACGGACCUCUCGAUGGCCAAGCACGAGUUGGAGGCCUUGGAGUCGGUGAAUGAGCAGCUGGAAAAGCGGAUUGCACAGGUCGAGGCUGACAUAGCCGCCUUGCACAAGGGUACAGUGGACCUUCGAAGUGAGGAGGAUCUGAUGCGGGAGGUCAUCGUCUCGCAGAGUGAGCAGCUCUUGCGGAGGGUGGAGGACCUCACGGCCGAAGAGAAGUUGGCCGCCGAAGACCGGAGGCAACUGCUGGCCACUGCGGCACAACUGGGGGCUGAGGUGGAGAAGGCUGAGGCGCGCGUCGCCCGGCAGACGGAGUUGGAGGAUCAGUGCACACAGCUGGAUGCCGCUCAACAAACCUUGAGCGCCGAAGUUGAACGCCUGCGCCGCACGAACGAUGCCCUUUGUCAACAGGUUUUGGGUCCUGAUGGAGAGGGUCCUUUCGCUGGAGCCCUCCAACAGGUCUCAGUGUUGGACGGUGAAGAGGAUCAGUUGAUCCGAGACGAAAUUGGCAGACUUGUACGAGGCCGGCUGCUGCUCACUACCCAAGCAGGCAGUGUCAAGGGUGAUGCAGCGGCCUUGGCACUGCGGCUGCAACAGCUUUUGGCGGAGCGCGAGGAGGCCUUCUGGGUGGAGCGACAACGUCUCUCUGACCACAUCACUUCCUUGGAAAGGACGCACGGGACCGGUCGCACCAGCAACCUGCUCCGCCACUACGAAUCGGCAGUGAGGGCAGGAACAGAGCCUGCCUCUGGUGCUGGCUUGGUCACUGGUGGCUUACGGCGAUUACGCCAAACAAUUGGCGCGUAGCUGCGCGUGAAUGAAUGCCGGCUCCAUGCCACCUGGAAGAGAGCAGUUUUCCUAUCCUCGAAGAGUUUCCAACCUAACGUAGCAGUUUUGAAGAAGAAUGCAUCAAUCGACUCUCAAAAGUGUAGUGUAGUCGUCAAGAUUCAGGCAUAAGACAGCUUGCCUGACUCAUUUCCAUCUCACUCAAAGACCAUUCAAAGCUUUUGAGUGAACAGCGAGAAAACUCACCACUUGACACAAUUCAAC